CCCCUUCCGAGGUGAUGUUAAAAAGCUCAGCCAGCCUCCCCACAUCAACACAACUCCACAGCAUCAGCACUGACAUCUGCUCCUAAAGCGGAAAACACUUCUCCCUGCUUCAACCCAGCGUUUAACCUUCAACUCUACAUCAACAAUGGAGCAUACAGUGAUCCAGGUUAUCGCCACAAUGAUGGUUUUCCUGACUCUGAGUUUCAAGCCAGUGUCGUCACAGGUUAACAUUACCAGGACAGGAUGUGGCUCUGACAAAUUUUGUUUGGAGCAACCUACCGACUGUGACCCUGCAGGCAAUAUGACCUGUCUUUUUGGAUCUGUGGAUACCACUGCUAUAAAAAUCCCAAACGGAAUUGACCUGUCCUUUGAACUAAGUGGAAACUCUUCAGGAUACAUCGCCAUUGGUCUCACUCCACGUAAUGCUGAGCGUACCCUGCUUUUCAUCUGUGGUCAGAACAGCUCAGCAAACAUGAGCUUUUUCUCCACAGCAAGGAUAUUCAAUGAAAGCACAGGCAACCUCACAGAAGCAGCAGUGGGUAUUUCAGUUACUGCACAAAACGUCAGUAUGGACAACAUCAAGUGUGUGUUUACGGUUGGUGGACUGAAUGUGACCACCGUCGGGUCCUCAGCCAGGGCCGCUGAGGAUACCAGCUUUAAUGUGGUCAUCGGGAGUGGCUCGAUCAAUGGAGGGGAACUUUCAAACUUUGUGUCUGCUAAGACUGUAAGUGUAAAUCUAGCCAACUUCCUAUCAAACUCCACAACAAACACCACAGCAGCACCAAAUGGGGCCAACCAUCCUGUCUCCUCUAAUGCUGUGCUGCCUCUGCUGAGCUUCCUCACCUUGUCCCUCCUGAAGUUCGCCUGAUAGAGAGCAGAAACAAAGCUGGUAUAAACCAACAAAGACACAGUGAAGGAAGCUGAU